AGAUAUUUUGUUGAUUUAAAUUUAUUUAGAUUCUGCUUUUUGAAAUAUAUUUACAGAAUUGAAGAAGCUGAUAUAUCGGAGCGAAGUGCAAAUGAAGAAAAUGGAGAUAUUUCAGAAGCAGACCAACCACAAAUUAAACAUAGUCGACAUAAAAAAAAGAAACACAAACAUCGAGGCAAACAUAAGAAACACAAACAUUCUUCAGAAGAAGAUAAGGACAAAAAGCAUAAACAUAGGCACAAACAUAAGAAACAUAAACGAAAGGAGGUGGCUGAUAUCUCUGAUAAAGAAGAUGGGCCCGCAAAAAGAACUAAAAUUGACUUCUUAGCUCCUCUAGAAGAUUUAGAGAAACAAAGAGCAUUACUAAAAGCUGAACUUGAAAAUGAGCUAAUGGAAGGAAAGGUUCAAUCUGGAAUGGGAUUAAUAUUACAAGGAUAUGAGUCAGGUUCAGAAGAAGAAGGAGAAAUCAAUGAUAAGGGGAGAAAUGGAACCAGAUCUGCAAAUAAAUCGUCAAAUGUUAAGGGAAAGCUUGAGAUUGUAGACAAUAAAAGUUCAAAGAAACGCAGUAAGAGCAGAUCAAAAGAACGGACUCGGCACAGGGCUGAUAAAAAGAAAAGCAAGUCAGGAGUUGAUGGUAUAAAAGAGAAAGUUACUAGAAGUAAAUCCAAAGAAAGAAAAAAAUCUAAAAGCCCAUCUAAAAGAACAAAGUCUCAAGAUCAAAUAGGAAAGUCAAAAUCUCCAACCCUUAAAGGGCGCUCUCAAGAAAAAAAUAGGAAGUCACGGUCUCCUCCUGAAGAUAAAACUAAAGCAGAAGAUAAGAUCAAAUCAAGAGAUCGUAAAAAAUCUCCGGUUAUUAAUGAAAAUAAAAUUAGAGAUCGUAGCAAAAGAUCCAGAUCUCCCAUAGAACAAAGAAGCAAAUCCAAAGAUAGACAAUCAAGAUCGAAAGAUCGAAAAUCCAGGAGAUCUGAGACCGAAAAAGAAAAGAAGCUCAUCAAAUCACCUUCAAAAGAUAUGUCAUCAGGGAAAGAAAACCGGUCUCCCAGUAAAAGACCUGGUCGUAGUCCUAAAGGAAGAAGUUUAUCCCCAAAACUACGAGAUAAACUAAGACGCAGCAGAUCACCCCUGCUUAAUGAUCGCAGAUCUAAACAGAGUAAAUCACCAUCUCGCAAUCGAUCUCCUGGUAGGAGAGCAAAGAGCAGAUCAGCAGAUAGAAAAAGAAGAGAAUCAGAAAGGAGACGUUUUUCUUCUCCCAGAACACGAACUAGAGAUGACAUCCUCUCAAGAAGGGAGCGAUCAAAAGAUGCCAGUCCACCUAGAUGGUCUCCUUCAAGAAGAAGAUCCAGGUCCCCAAUUCGACGAAGAUCUCGCUCUCUACUUCGACAUAGCCGAUCUCCAAGAAGGAGAAGUAGAUCUCCUCGGAGGAGAGACAGGGGUAGGCGUAGUAGAUCUCGUUUGAGAAGGCGAUCCAGAUCACGAGGUGGCCGUAGACGACGGAGCAGGAGCAAAAUAGAAGAUAAAUUUAAGGGAAGCCUUUCCGAAGGAAUGAAGAUUGAGCAAGAAUCUUCAUCUGAUGAAAACCUUGAAGACUUCGAUGUUGAAGAAGAAGAUGAGGAAGCUCUAAUUGAGCAAAGAAGAUUACAGAGGCAAGCAAUUGUGCAGAAAUAUAAGUACUUAACAGAGGAUAGUAACAUGUCAGCGCCAUCUGAACCAAGCAGCCCUCAAAGCAGCACUCGCAGUCGUUCCAACUCACCAGAAGGCAUUCUUGAACGAGUCGCAGCUGAUGUUAAAGAGUAUGAACGAGAAAAUGUGGACACUUUUGAAGCCUCAGUGAAAGCAAAACACAACCUCAUGGCAGUUGAACAGAAUAAUGGUUCAUCUCAGAAGAAAAUCACAGCUCCUGAUAUGUUUACAGAAUCAGAUGAUAUGUUUGCUGCAUAUUUUGACAGUGCACGUCUAAGAGCUGCUGGCUUUGGAAAAGAUUUCAAAGAAAAUCCAAAUCUCAGGGAUAACUGGACGGAUGCUGAAGGAUAUUACCGUGUUAACAUAGGUGAAGUGCUAGAUAAACGUUACAAUGUGUAUGGUUACACUGGCCAAGGAGUUUUCAGUAAUGUGGUUAGAGCCAGAGAUAUGGCGAGAGCAAACCAAGAAGUGGCUGUGAAGAUCAUUAGAAACAAUGAACUUAUGCAAAAAACUGGUUUAAAAGAACUGGAAUUCUUGAAGAAACUCAAUGAUGCAGACCCUGAUGACAAAUUUCAUUGUCUACGUUUGUUCCGACAUUUUUACCAUAAGCAGCACCUUUGUCUAGUAUUUGAACCUCUGAGUAUGAACUUACGAGAAGUUCUAAAGAAAUAUGGAAAAGAUGUUGGUCUCCAUAUAAAAGCUGUGCGAUCCUAUAGUCAGCAGUUAUUCCUGGCCUUGAAACUUCUGAAAAGAUGCAACAUUUUACAUGCUGAUAUCAAACCAGAUAACAUUUUGGUGAACGAAUCAAAAACCAUUUUAAAACUUUGUGACUUUGGAUCAGCUUCACAUGUUGCUGACAAUGAUAUCACACCGUAUCUUGUUAGUCGAUUUUAUCGUGCUCCUGAAAUCAUUAUAGGCAAAAUCUAUGACUACGGUAUAGAUAUGUGGUCUGUAGGCUGUACAUUGUAUGAACUUUACACUGGGAAAAUAUUAUUUGCUGGGAAAACCAAUAAUCAUAUGUUGAAACUUGCUAUGGACCUCAAAGGAAAGAUGCCAAACAAGAUGAUCCGAAAAGGAGUGUUCAAAGAUCAGCACUUCGAUCAAAACCUCAACUUUAUGUACAUAGAGGUAGAUAAAGUAACAGAAAGGGAAAAAGUGACUGUGAUGAGCACCAUUAAUCCAACGAAGGACCUGCUUGCGGAUUUAAUUGGGUGCCAACGCCUCCCCGAAGAUCAGCGCAAAAAGGUUCACCAGUUGAAGGACUUGUUGGACCAGAUCCUCAUGUUAGACCCGGCUAAGCGGAUUAGUAUCAACCAGGCCCUACAGCAUGCCUUCAUCCAGGAGAAAAUUUAAAUCCAGCGAAGAUAUUCAAAGGGUUUGAAUAGUUAAUAUACAAAGACUGAUGAAGUUUCACUGCAAUUUAUAAAUGUACAUAUAACCUAUAAAUAAUUCCCCUGCAAAAUUGAGGAAGAAUGAUAUAUUUCAAUUAACACAAAGGUGGAUUAUUUCUUUUAGAAAUGUUAGAGUAAAUCUGUUUGUCUCUCGUGAAGAUUUUUUCCACUGUAGAAUUAUUUUAAUUGCCAAGACUGCACAGGAGUACAGUGCUAAAAAUAUAUAUGGUUGCAGGUCCUCUCAAAUAAUACACACAUGCGCACAUGGACUAUAUAUAUAUAUAUAUAUAAAAAAUCUGUGAUGAAAUAUCAGUAAGACUGGGUGGUGAUUUUGGUUUUUAGCAAAUUUGGCUUCAUUUUUGUCUCUGAAAAAUGGCCAGCAUAAAUGCUGUUUAUAUUACAUUUUCCUAGGUGUGUGCGUGCAGGCCACAGCAGCAUGCCCUUGGUGUAGUCAGUGCCGAAGGGGGUCUGUUCCUUCUUGAGCCUGCCCACAGGGAUGGUCUCCUCUUUUAAAGCAGGUUGCGUACAACUUUCAGUACACUGAAGGUAAGCUGAACCAUCAACAUCACUGGUGUUUAAGAUGUUAAUUGUACUGGAUCAACUGACAAACGAGAAUCGGUCACUGUAGCAGAAUUCCCUGCAUGUUUUAUAAAGGAGAUUACCUAUAUAUAAAUAUAUAUAAAUAUCUAUAUAUAUAUCUAUCUAUAUAUAUAUAUAUUAUUUUCUGGCAUUACAACUGUGGCAUAAUUCCAGCUUGUGUUUGAUCAUCACAUUCAAAGGAAAAAAAAGUGGAGGAGUGUGCACUUGAUGGAGAGAGCGCCUUCAGUGUACUGUUUAUAUUACUUUUUUUAAAAAUAUCAACUUGCUACAUAAGACUUUAUACCUUUUGUUAAAUACAGUUCACGAUGGCAUAAAACCAGUACUUAAGUCAUUUUCAUUUACUAACAAACAAAUGCUAAGCUCUGGUUCCAAAAGUCCUUAUCUCCUCUUGGCCAGAUAGAAAAGCACCACAAAUUUUUUUUUUAGCUAUUUGUAUGUCAUUUGAAAAUGUACUGCUUUAUGCUAAAGGUGUUUUCAUUUGUUCAUUGUUUUCAUUAUUUGUGAUCAUGUUGUCUUUCAAUACAGGCAUAAAACCUUCCACUCUUGAACAAAGCAGCUGCUUUUUAAAAGCGGUAAUUGCUUCUUUACCUUUUAUUUCUUUUGUAAAUGAAACUUUAAGAAAUGUGACUUUAAAGUGUUGUCUCUUGCAUAAAAUAGUUGACAUUCACUUAUUGUAAAGUGAAGAUUGUUCUGCUGCAUGUAAAGUGGACCAUGCAGAUUUCUGUAUGUUUUCGGUAUGCAUCAUUAGAUAAUAAAGUCUUUUGUGAACAAGGCAUUGGUAGCCCUUUUUAAAGCAUUUUUGUCUCCGGCGUUGCCGACUCAGGUAAAGCAUAAGAAGAACUUUCCUUUUUAAGAGACCUGUAAUUAAAACAAUUGCUAAAAGAGGCGAUCCCCUUUUAGACUAUUAAUUAUUGACAAUCCAAUGUAAAUAUUGUCCCAAGCUCCUUGCAGAUAAUUGUCUUCUGCUUUCAUUGUUAAGAAAUUUAUUCCUGUAGGUUAUUGAAUUAGAUGCAGGUUUUAACUAAUGUUUGUGCUGUUUUUCUUACUUUUCCUUUUUGAUGGUGCUGAGAGAGACAAAGGAAAGCAAGUCACAGGCCACUCAACGCCUACUCCAGGGGGUCUGGUUUGCUGAGACACCAUCUUCACCUUCCUAACAAGGUUAUUUCUGACAGCAUGUGUAGAUAAACAUUUAGCAACGACUUUAAAAAUAGUUUGUUCAUCAUGAGGAUACCCAACUGAAUCAAUUGUUUGCCAGCCCAAUAUUUUUUUUAUUAAAAGCAGUUCAUAAAGCAGAUGAUUCGUGUAUGUUGCCUAGCUAAAACUUAGAUGAUUUAUAAUAUUCCGAAGUUUAUAAGGAUUUUUAAAACCCAUAAAGGCAUGUACUUAAAGAGAAAUCAUAUUUAGUGCAGCCAAACCUAUUGUUUGCUGAUGGGAUGCUUCCUAGGAGCUGUUCCCUACUAGAAUGGAAUAAUAA